AACAAUGUAACAAAUCACAACAACUAAUUUGACCAAUAAGGCAAGGAGGUUUUAGUCAACCGACGCAGAUGAACGAGAGAGUCAUUCCACAGUCUUCAAUGGGGCGAAUCGUUCAUCGCAUUCCUCAUGCCUUUACAUAAUUGUAUAGCUAAAGAAGACACCGAAUGGCAUGCUAGUUGCGCAGAUAGCCUAGGCUACAUCAUAAAACUUUUCCUGGAACGGAGUUUGCCUUUCUGAACGUUAAAACGACGACGGAACUGUUUUUUUCUACUUCAUCUUGUCUGUGCGGCAAAGCAAUGGAACGCAGAAGUUGAAUAAUUCAGUAUUGUGAAGCCUCUACUGCUGUGAAGAUAAGUGGAGAGUGCCUGUGAACUUGUAUUGUAACAGUGUAUCAAACCUCGGGGAAAAAUUCAAAUGAACAAAUUGCAGGCCAUGUGCGGUUUUCACACGGUAUCACUGCAUUGCACAUUAUUUGGUGAACCUCGUUCAUUCCCCACUGGCGCGUACUGAAUGGGAGGGAAUGGAUUUGGAUGACUUCUUUUUGACAUAUUUGAUGAAUAUACUGAUAACCAAAUCCACAUGUUGAAGUCUUUUGUUUAUUCGGAUCAGUCUACUUCGAAAUGGCAAGUUUUGCCGGGUUUAUAAAGUGGACUGGGAGACCGACUUUGUAUUUAUGCUGUGCGUUUGCCCUGUUCGGUUGUCUUUGCAUCGCGUCCCCUACUCAUGGUCGUCGGCUCAUCUGUUGGCAAGCCAUUAUGAAGUGUCAUGGAGAGCCGGAUUGUCACUACGCAUAUGACCAAUACCUUUACGCCUGUGCGCCUGUUAUCAACGGGGAUAGGAAGAAGUGUCCCAGCCACUGCAUCUCGUCCCUUAUCCAGCUGAAUCUAACUGAGACCGGUCCGUCUCUAGAGGACUGUGACUGCGCCUCGGACCCCGUCUGCCGGAGCACCAAACGCGCCAUAGAGCCGUGCCUGCCUCGGACAAGCAACAUGGGCUGCACCGAAGCCCGGCGGGAGUGCGAGAGCGAUUACCAAUGUAGCUCGGCAAUGCGUGACUAUUUGUUUCACUGCCGUAAACUUUUCGGAGGCGAGAGAUGUUCGGACGAUUGCAGGAGGGUGAUAGCCAACAUGCGCAAUAUGCCCAAAGCACAACAACUUGAUACUUGUGUUUGUGAUGGCACGGAGAGAACGAUAUGCGAGUACGUCAAAGUUAGUAUGAAAAACUUUUGCUUUGACUCUAUGGACAGAUACGCAGGCAGCGGGUUUUCUGAUUCGGACUCUGAAGAUGAUUAUGAUGAUAUGGAGGAUUAUGUCUAUGUGGAAAACGCUAGUGAUUCACUUAAAUCCUCCUGUCGGGAUGUAUGGACUUCUACUGUGGCCACCAUUUUGGUUCUAAUGCGUCUUAUCUGAUAGGGCAGUCUACCCAAGUUGAUUCAGCUGUUGGGGAAGUUGUUAGAGAAAUAGAGAGGCCUGUGAAACGUUGACAGAGAGACAGAAUAGCUCAUGAAAGUGUUGUAACAACAGCACACCUGCUUUAGCGUAUACUUUGUGUGUUUGGAAGAUUUAUUGGCCUUUGCUCUGCUGUCUUCAUAAUGGGGCUUCUCAACAUUCUAUCUGGUCUCAGUCUCUGUGCUGAUAGGCUAUGGGUCAUCUUGCUCACAAAUGUUUAUAUUUAAAAUGUAUACAUUUUAUGUGAAUCUCAAAAGUUUAUAGAUUCAUUUCCAGAUAGCUGUGCACCUCUAAAAUAUGUAAUUGUUUUAACCAAACCUUAAAGAAUGUUCUAGGCCUACUAUAAGCUUCUCCUUACCUUGUGUCUCACAAAAUAGCCCAAAAAGUUUGACACACAAUUUUCUUUAAUGUGGACAGCCAGGUGACUUGUAAGUGUACAUAUGUAUAAUGCUGUUUCAAGACAAUAGUGAAAACAUCAGUAUAAAACAUGUUCUUGGUCACUUGGUGAAAAUGGGGACAGACUAAUCAAGUUUUCUUUCACUAUGAGCUAGACAAUAGAUAUAGGCCUACAUUUCAUUAAGAUGCCAUUUAAGCUCUAGUCAGUUGGUAAUCAUCUAAGUGACAGAUGUAAAAUGCAUUUACCUAACCACAGUUUGAUUUGUUAUUUAAUAUUAUUAGCCUUAAUCAUGUCCCAGACAUUUCCAUAAGCUCAGUAUCAAUAUCAAGUUAAAAAACAAGUUAAGGGAGAUUAUUUUUAUAUGUCAAAAUGUGUGAAGUUAAAUUGUACAGUAUAUUGUAUGAUAUGGAUUUUUUUUCCCAGAGUUAUUUGUUUAUUACUGCUAAGGAUUUUUGCACUGUAUAGAAAUGUCAUGAAAUGCUUCACUGUCUACAUUGUAUUUUAGUGAAAAUAUAAAUGUUCUUGCUUAAAAUU